CUCUUACACUCACUCUCGUUUGAUUGUAAUCCUGUCUCAAAUGAACACGUUACUCAGGGUUGACUUCCAUCCUUUGUUGCCACAUCUCAUAUGAGGCGAGAGAACAUCAGCGUGAUCUGUGACCACGAUACUCGAUUUGCCCUCGUACGCGCCCUCGAAGCUACUCUACACUUCGGCCAAGACUUGUCUUGCGCUCAAAGCUGCUAUCACUCGUUGAUAAUAUCAAGUAUUCGACCAUCCUUUGAUAUUGUUCGCGCAUACCGCCGUUUGAGUAUGGACGUACGACUUUCUUUCUGCUUGGUUCGAUCACCUCCGUGAUAAUUUAUAUGCAAGUAAACCCAGUGUGGUGGUGUCGCAAUACUGGGAGAACGGACUGUCAAGAUGGCGUCCAACUUCGAGAUGGUGGACAUUCGCAUCCUCACGAAGACGGCAUGGAGUCUAUAUCACAAUUGCAACCUCGUGUCUCGAGACGCCCCCGACGGCUUUCGACAACUUGUGAACGAACUAGCUUCCUUACAGGGUGUCCUACGCUCGCUUCAAGAUCAUGUAAACUCCAACCAGUCAUUCUUCGACGAACUCGCCGAAGACCGCAAGCGCAUAUUGCAUCGAUCCCUGGAAAGUUGUUCGAAAACGCUACAGAGACUGAAGGAGUUAAUCACGCGAUAUCGAAACAUGGGGGUCGGCGACGGGAGGAAUUUCUGGCACAAGGUCAGAUGGGUCACACAGCGCGGGCAGAUCGACCAGCUGAAAUCGAGCAUUAUGAUCUGCGCUUGCAACCUCAGUCUGUGUACGACUUCGAUCACCAAUUCGUCGUGGGCGCGCAUUGAGCAGUCGAUGUCGGACGCUUUAGAAAACGAACCCUUUCACUUGAACCCGGAUCCCUCACAGGCAGACAGUUUGCCAGUGAUGCAAGACAAAAGCGGACUGAUUAGUGAAGACAGUUCAAAUGGACCCGGACAUGGGCGACCUACGCCUCGGCCUCGGGCAGCCACAGUUACAGUUGCAACCCGUUCACGCGAGUCAACAUCUUCCGAUUCUGUUAUGUCCGGGCACUCAGAUGGGUCGGCAUUUACAACAGCUACGUAUUUGCCAUCCAGCGAGACAUCUACCCAGCGAUCCGUAUCUCAAACCUUAAAACAUGGUCCUUCGAAAGCACCAGGGUCGGUCUUCCCGAGUGCGCGCAAACUUGACCGAGGAGUUCUCGAUUACUAUGCGCAGUUUGAUGAUAAGCUCCGCACAGUGGACACGGACGAACCGACGGAAACGGAGACAGAACAUACCGCAGUUAAAGAUGCCAUCGAAAAUGCCAUGCAGCAUCUGCAUCAAAUCCGAUUGCGCGAUCAAUUACAACGACCACUGAAGUAUGAACCGCGAGACGAGUUCCACCGGCCGGAUCCCGAACUUACCAAGAAGUUCGACGAGUUGGUCGAGGAGGAACUGAAGAUUAGGCGGUUAAGUACGAGCGACUGGCUUAGAGUCGCCGUCUGGUGGUUAUUGAAGGCACGGACAAGUUUUGCCAACUAUGAGAGACCAAGCCUCACGAAUACUCGAGGUAGCAUGAGUCCAUCGGUCGAUUCGUCGUCUACCAGCCAACAAGCCUAUGUGGAUCUGUUGAAGGCGUCCUAUAUACUAUAUGACGUCGUACUCAAGGAUGAAACAUCACAGGCAUUGCUCACAGAUGAAAAUAGAAAAUUGAUAUCGGAUUUAUCCGAGGGCAUAAAGGACGAUUUUGCGCCGUUGAACAAUGUUGACAUCCCGGAUCCCUCAACCAUUCACACCCAGAACCUUGACAUAUGGGAGCCUCUGCAGUCGGGAGAAGCGGUCGAGAGCGAUGGUGAUUCACUACUGGGCCUGGACAAUAUCCGCUGGAUGACUGUAGAGCAGGAAGACGCAGGCGACGAAGAGGAAAAAGUGAUCUUACGAACGUUUGUAAAUGCGGGCAUUGGAAGCAAGAAGCUCCGAAUGCGCAAAAAGGGCGCACCCUACAUGUUGCUGUUGACAACAAGAGAAGGCGAAAGCGAGCCGAAGAUUGCCAUAUGUAACCAGAGUGGUACUUUCUGUCUACAGCGAGAUUUCGUGCCAAAUGAUCUAUUACCAUUGAUCAAAGUUUCCAAUGCUUCCAUUAGCGGGUACCCUGGGGCCCGAAUAUCAGAACCUGUCUCUUUCACAUUUGGUUCGAUCAACAUCAGUAUCUCGUUCCAAUAUAAGAGAGAUCUCAUGCAAUUUAUCAGUAUACCGAAAGCAUACUUCGACGCCGUCUGGCAACGAGAGCCCGUGGACUCGGAGCAAUUCUCCGAGACCGUCAUUUUUCGAAGCUCAGUCGAGCUUUUCGAACAGCUUAAAGCAGUCACCAUGAGGUCUACAAAUCCCCCAAUGGUUCAUAAAUCCUGCGAAGUCCGCGUUUUGGAGCGGUCUUACGGAGAGGCUUGGAGGUUUACCAGGCGCCUGGUGAUCAGUUCUUCAGCAGCCGAGAACAUGCCUAACUGCAUGGAACUAUUUAUGCCCAUGAGCCGUGUCCAGGUCUGCCGUGAGGAAGAUUCUCGUCAAGUUCUGUUACAGUGGUCCGACGUGUGUCAGGAAAAGACCAAAUCCGACGGCAAGUACAACGAACUUUACUCCUACAUCUACGACGACAAAAGUCCGAAUAUUGGCUUGAGCCUGCACUUUCGCACGCAGGGUCAGGCGGAAGUAUUUGAACAAGUCAUUCUGAGUCUAAGCCAUAAGCCCAUCUGCUCCUGGAGAGAGCCCACCAGCUCCGGGUGCGUCUAUGACGUGGUAGAUCCGGUACUGAAUCAGAAGCAGUACAAGGCGAUCCAGAUCGUCCAGAGACGGUUGUCUUGGAAAUAUACCGUCCUUUACUUUCUGUACAGGGACACGGAUUACAUCUACGAGCACUCCAACCUGCGGGUGCAUUUCCCCGGAAUAUUCUACACCGACUACAUUUCAUCCCACGUUGAUAAACUCUACCGCGCCGACCAACCAGUCACUUUUUCCCACUGCGAGAAAAAAGUGGGCAACAUGAACGUGGACUUUAACGACGAACACACCAUGCGAGUCUUCAUGACCUCCCUCGCCUCAUCGCACGAAUUGGUAUUCUCACGCCGCGCCGUCUCGCUGACGACGAAAGGGAAAAGCCUCUUCCGGUCCAGAAACUCCGGCAAAGGAGAGGCCGAAGUCCAGAUAUGGCGCAAGGGCACGAGCUACCAGCUAGCCGCACGAUGGAGCGAUCACAUCACAGACAGAUGGCUGACCGUAACCAUCCCGCCGGAACGGGCCGAGUUAUCCCACGGCACCAACCGCAUCGACUUUCGCACGAUUGCCUCCUACUCGCGCGGCACAUUCCUCAACAUGGCUGACAUUGCCGCCGUUAGUCCCAAGGACCCGAACAUGGCCCGACGAAGCGGGCCGAUUGCUGUGGUGUUUCCUUCCAUACGGGACUGUGAGGAUUUCACCGCCAUUUUGGAUGUUUAUUCUGGCUACCGGCCUUAUGGGCGAUAGCGUCACCGCGGCUCGAGGCGAUGGGCUACCACUGAGUAUACAGUGAGAUAGGGCAUAUAUGCCACUUCAUUCCGGAGGGCGUACUGUGUUCGAAGGAUGGAGUAUUGCAUGAUAGCUUUCUUGAAGUAACCAUAAUCUAACUCAGCAUAUAGCGACUUUGUGAC